AAUGAUUAUUCUACCAAUCACCACUAUUCUUAUCAUCCUGAUUUUUGGUUUUUUUUUCCUCAAAAGAAAGGAUAAAAAAGCUCUAUUGUCCACAUCCACAAGAGCAUCCAAAAUUAGAGAUGUAUUCUCAAUAUGGAACUUUGAUGGUAGAAUUGCAUUUGAAGACUUAAUUGAAGCGACAGAGGGUUUUGAUAUCAAAUAUUGCAUCGGAACUGGAGGUUAUGGUAGUGUUUACAAAGCGCAACUACCCCAAGGUAAAGUAGUUGCUUUGAAGAAGCUUCAUAGUUUAAAAAUUGAGGAGUCAGCUUCCCUAAACAGCUUCCAAAAUGAGGUUCAUGUACUGUCCGAAUUACGACAUCGAAACAUUAUCAAGCUUUAUGGAUAUUGUUUGCACAAAAAAUGCAUGUUUUUGAUUUAUGAGUAUAUGGAGAGGGGAAGCUUGUUUUGUGUUCUACGGAAUGAUGAUGAAGCUCUUGAGUUGGAUUGGACUAAGAGAGUAAACAUUGUAAAAGCUGUGGCACAUGCUUUGUCUUACUUGCAUCAUGAUUGCACAUCAUCAAUUGUUCACCGUGACAUAUCAAGCAACAACAUUCUACUAAACUCAGAAUUGCAAGCGUUUGUUGGUGACUUUGGCGUGGCUAGAAUUCUUCAUCUUGACUCAUCAAAUAGAACCAUGUUAGCUGGCACUUAUGGAUAUAUAGCUCCAGAGUUGGCUUAUACUAUGGUUGUGACGGAGAAAUGCGACGUUUAUAGUUUUGGAGUAGUGGCACUUGAAGUAUUAAUGGGAAGGCAUCCAGAAGAAAUUCUCUCUUCAUCAUCAUCAUCAUCAUCAUCAUCAUCUACCCAAAAUUUAAUGCUAAUUGAUGUGUUAGACUCACGCCUCUCACCUCUAGUUAAUCGAAUAGUUAAGCAGGAAAUUAUGCUUGUUUCAACCAUAGCAUUCGCCUGCUUGCGUUCCAAGCCGAAGUCCCGACCUGCAAUGAAGCAUGUGUCUCAAGAAUUUCUUAAGCAGAAAACAUUAUUUGCAAAAUCUUUUGGAGAAAUUUCCAUCUCAGAAUUGAGAAACCAGGAAAUGUAUUUAUUUGGUGAACAUGAUGCUUAAGCAUGGAUGUAGUUCAUUGGUGUUUUUGUGUUCUACAACAUUUUUCUGAUAUUUAGCCUACAUUUCCUCGUUUCUUUUGUUUUGUUUCUUUUUUCUUUUGUUAAGCAUGAAUUUCCUUUUUACUCUGUUUUCCAUUACAUGGGUUCAACACCAAUUAAGUAUAGAAAAUCAUCAAGUUUCUGUACCACCAGGUACUGAAUCAAGCAUUGUAAUCAAGGCCAAUAAUAUUGUUGUACUUCAUCGUUUCU